AUGGCGGCGAGGAGAGCCAGCGCCCGCGCGCGGCCCAACGUGCUGGUGACGGGGACGCCGGGGACGGGGAAGACGACGACGUGCUCCCUCCUCGCCGACGCCGCGGGCGUGGCGCACGUCAACAUCGGCGACCUGGUCCGCGAGAAGGGCCUCCACGACGGCUGGGACGAGGACCUCGACUGCCACGUCAUCAACGAGGACCUGGUUUGCGAUGAGCUCGAGGACAGGAUGGAAGAAGGCGGUGUACUAGUAGAUUAUCACGGAUGUGAUUUCUUUCCAGAACGUUGGUUUGACCUUGUGGUCGUGCUUCAGACCGACAACUCAAUUCUGCAUGAUCGCUUGACGAGCAGGUGCUCCUGGAGGAAGCGAGGGAGAGCUACAAGGAGGAUAUAG